GUAUCACAAGCGACACCGACGGCGAACCCACGUGGUCGAUCACGAAGCGAAAAAAUUGAAACACUCGUAUCUAUCUGCACCUCUAUCAAAUACACAAUCCUACCCGUUCCGUCUCGUACCGUAUCGUAUAGUUCCAUCAUUCAAUACAAUCAUCAGCAAUCCUAGUUUUCCGUGCGUUUGCGGCAGAUCGGACAAUAAUACCGCACGGAUCGCAGGGAAGCCUAAUUGCCGCAAAUUGACCAUGCCCCAGUGAUAUCGAUUAUUGCCGGCACCAGUACUUCGGUCUCCCCUGUUCCGACAGCCACGCGCGUUUCUUUUUGAAGAGAAAGAAAGAAGGAAACCCUUGUGAUACGCCGUGGAACAAUGCUUGAUGCAUGGAAGAAGCAAUUCACCGUCGCACAGUUCGCGCUGGAACAUGAGGAUUCUAGCGUCUUCGCAAUGUCGCAAUGGCAGAGAAAACCAGUCCCCAGCGUCGGUUACCUGGUUUACAGGAUGGCGAUGACCGCCUUCCUGCUCAGCUCCCUCGUACUGUCUAUGGUGGACGAAAGAAACUUCGAUAAACCAUACAUGUUCCGUCUAAAGUGGCCUAUCUACUUGACCAAUUGGGGCUUCCUGGUGUGCACGGUGCAAGCUGUCCUGGCUACUGCUAUACUUAUUAGGGACUUCCUAUCCUCCAGAAAAGGCGAUGAUGAAGCUGCUUGUGGCGAACCUCUUUACAAGGUGUUCUGGGCAACGAAUAUCAUAGCUACGGAUGCUUCCUUUGCCAUCACCGCACUCUACUGGGCCAUCAUCUAUGACGCCUCGACCAUGCCUUUGGAUUAUUUGAACAUUUUGGUUCACGGUAUGAACUCUGUCGCAAUGUUCAUAGAGCUUUGCGUAGUUGCUCAUCCAGUCAAGUUGGCACACAUCUACUUCCCCUUUCUGUUCGGAUUAGUAUACACGACGUUCACCGUGAUCUAUUACGCUGCCGGUGGCACGUCCAGGGAUGGGAAACCGAACAUCUACAAAGUGAUAAAUUGGGAUAAGCCAGGACCCACUAUUGCCAUAUGCGUCGGAGCGAUGGUUUUCCUCGUAGUUAUACAUUGUUGCUCAUUUUUGGUGUACAAAUUGCGAAAGUGGCUAGCCACGAAGUUGCUCAAGAGGGAAGUCGAUUGUACCAAGGCGCAGAUUCCAAUCCAGGAGAUCUUCCGAGGCUUCGACAACGAAGCCAUGACACACGAGAUUAUAUAAAAAUAUACACGCCCACAUCAUCCAAAUACCAAAUAUUACUCCAUGUUCCUUCAACUUAGUCGCUAAGUUAGUUUUACUAUAAAAUGUACGAUUUUUUUCCCAAUGUUGUUCUU